AUGAACUGGGUUUUCUUCGUCGUCGGUCUCGCCGCUUGGACCGCCGACGCCUUCGACUUUCACGCUCUGUCCAUCCAAACGGUCAAGCUUGCAAAGUACUACAAGGUCACCAAGACUGAUAUAUCUGAAGCCAUCACCCUGACUCUUCUGUUGCGAUCUGUCGGUGCUGCCAUGUUUGGUUUCGCAGGUGAUAAGUGGGGUCGCAAGUGGCCGAUGGUUGCCAACAUGAUCAUUCUGGGUCUUUUGCAGAUUGCCACCAUCUACUCCAAGACCUUUAACCAGUUCUUGGCUGUUCGCAGCUUGUUUGGACUAUUCAUGGGUGGAGUCUAUGGUAAUGCAGUAGCUAUGGCCCUUGAGAAUUGUCCAACCGAUGCCCGUGGUCUCAUGUCAGGAAUCUUGCAACAAGGCUACUCCAUGGGCUAUGUCUUUGCCGCAUGCGCCAAUCUCGGCGUCGGAGGUGCAGUCGAAACUUGGAAGACUGUCUUCUGGAUUGCAGCCGGCUUAUCCAUCGGUGUUGGCCUGAUUCGCUGCUGUUUCCCUGAGUCUAAGCAAUUCCUCGAAACCAAGAAGAAUGGCAACAAACAUGCUCCUGGUGCUUUCUGGCAAGAGACGAAGGUCAUGCUCGCCCAGCAAUGGAAGAUGUGUAUUUAUUGCAUCAUCUUGAUGACUUGUCAUACUUCUCAGGAUAGUUAUACCACUUUCAUGCUCACACAGAAGGGUCUCAAAAACGAUGGUGCCAGUCGUGCUUCCAUCUUGAUGAAGACCGGUGCCUGUGUCGGUGGAACAAUCAUCGGUUACCUCUCUCAAUUCGUCGGCCGUCGUCGAGCCAUCAUCGUCGCUGCCCUAACCAGCAUGUGUCUCAUCCCCGCCUGGAUCCUGCCCACCGGCGAAGGCUCCCUCUCCGCCUCGGGCUUCAUGAUGCAAUUCUUCGUCCAAGGCGCCUGGGGCGUCAUCCCCAUUCACCUCAACGAACUCGCCCCUCCCGCCUUCCGCUCCACUUUCCCCGGCCUCACAUACCAGCUCGGAAACAUGAUCAGCUCACCAUCAGCUCAAAUUGUCAAUGCAAUUGCCGAAUCCAAUUUUGUCACCGGUGCCAAGGGUAAGAGGGUUGAGGCCUAUGGACCUGUGAUGGGUAUUGCGACUGCGAUCAUCGCGGCGGGGAUUGCAGUGACUACGGCAUUUGGGCCUGAGAAGAGGGGAAGGAGUUUCGAAGUGCCGGUGGCGAUCGAUAUGAUGCAGGCAAAGGAUGUUGAAGAGGGAAGGGAUAGCAUGGAUAAGAAUGUUGUUCGCGAAGAGCGUGUUGAGAGGACCGAGACUAGGUGA